AGACCGGGGGAGGGAUGUGGAAUUCAUCCUGGCCCGGGACGGAGGACGGAUCUCUCUCGGCCUCCACGCUCUCCUUCCCUUCCGAAGCUCCCUUCGCGCGUUUUUUCUUCGGCCCGGCUGCGGUGGCCUUGCCAGCUCCACGCCGCCUCUUGGUCGCCGCCAUUUGCCUUCUCCCAGAGGAAUAAAUUUUAGGACAAGGCAUCUAAUGAAGGAUUUGCGUACAUUAAUGCCUCAUUCUAAAGCAGAUACCAAAAUGGACAGGAAAGACAAGCUAUUUAUCAUUAAUGAGGUCUGUGAAAUGAAGAAUUGCAAUAAGUGCAUAUUUUUUGAAGCCAAAAAGAAACAAGAUCUUUACAUUUGGCUUUCAAAUGUCCCCCAUGGACCAUCAGCCAAGUUUUUAGUCCAGAACAUUCACACUUUGGCUGAGUUGAAGAUGACUGGAAACUGUUUGAGAGGCUCUCGACCUGUUCUUUCUUUUGAUCCAGUUUUUGACCAGAAACCACAUUAUGCUUUGCUGAAAGAGCUAUUUAUUCAGAUCUUUAGUACUCCACAGUAUCAUCCCAGGAGUCAGCCUUUUGUAGACCACGUUUUCGCCUUCUCCAUCGCAGAUGAGAGGAUCUGGUUUCGAAAUUAUCAGGUUAGUUCCCGCUUUGUUUAUGAGCAUGAAUCAGUAAUAGUGACAGGAACUCUCUGA